AUGUCGUCGGCCAUGCAGCAGCGCAAGGCCGAGAUCCUCGCCAAACGAGCCAAACUCGCCGAGUUGAAGCGUCAGAGGGAGUUGCGCCAGAAGGAAUUCUCCCAGACCCGAGCCAACACCGGCGAUGCCUCCGAGGUCGUAUCGCCCGUUCCCAGUCGCGCAGAUAGCAGAGCCGAGCUCGAUGACCUGAUCUCCCGCCUGGUCGACCGCCCGGGAUCCGCCUCCAUCAGCCACGGUGCCGACGGCCUCUCGCGAAAGGGGAGCAGACCCAAUUCCGUGCUGAGCGCCAGCCAGCUCAGUGGGGAUAACACCGAGGCAUUCAGUCCGCCUGCCGUGCGACCCGUUUCGAAUUCCAUUGCCGUUCAGACGGUCGGAACGGAAACCUUUGUUGCGCCUCCUGAAGCUGCUCCCGCCCCUGAGCCCAAACCCGAGGUGGUCACCUACAGCAAAGGCGUGCAGACAGACGACCUGAAACCCACCGAUCCGUCAUCCGCGGAGUCCGACGGCGACGACCUUCGCUCGAGCAGGAAAGAUAGCGAACGCGACGAGGAGAUCCGGAAGAAGCUCCGGCAGGAAAUCGAAGAUGAACUACAGGCCACGCAGAGAGCGGAAUACGAAGCGGGGGCUGAAUCCCUAAGUCUGCGCUAUCCACUACGGACCUUGGAUGAUGAUGAAUUGAAGGCCGUCACAUCGUCCGAAGACUUUCUGGACUUCGUCGAACGGUCGGCCAAGGUGAUCGAGCGGGCGUUGGACGAAGAAUACGACGUGCUAGCAGACUAUGAACUCGGAGGAGUCGACGGUGAAUUAGAGGAUGAUGACGAGCAUGGGAAGAGAAGGCGAGGUAUCAAGGAGGUCUGCCAGUUCUGGGAUGAGCGGUGGAGCAAGAAACGUAUGAUCAGUGACCUGAGCUUUUCUCCCAAGUUCCCCGAACUUGUCCUGGCCGCAUACACCAAAAACCCCUCUGCCCCUCACGAACCGGAUGGUCUCGUCCAGAUCUGGAACCAGCACCUGCACGCUCGACCGGAGUACGUUUUCCAUUCGACUUCCGAUAUCCUAACAGCCAAGUUCUCUCCCUUUCACCCAAAUCUCAUUGUCGGUGGCUCGUACUCGGGCCAGGUUCUGCUGUGGGAUACUCGGUCGUCGCGCGCAGGCGGAGGCGCUCCGGUUCAGAAGACCCCUCUGACCGGGUCUGGACACACUCAUCCGGUCUACAGCAUCUCGAUAAUCGGCACGCAGAAUGCCCACAACAUUCUGACAGCCUCGACGGACGGUGUGGUCUGCGGUUGGACGGUGGACAUGCUUUCCCAGCCCCAGGAGUAUCUCGAGCUGUCGACUCCUCCGCCUUCUAAAACGGAAGAUCUUGCGCCCACGACCAUGUCAUUUCCCCAAUCCGACCCAACGUUUUUCAUCGUGGGUACCGAAGAAGGACGAAUCUACCCUUGCCAUCGCUAUGACAGGGCAGGCGCGAAAGCUGGCACCGACCAUCGCCUCGUGUACCAGGGUCACAAGGCCCCGAUCAUGUCGACGGCAUUCCAUCCGGCGCGCGGCCCAGUUGAUCUGGGCGAUCUUAUGCUGAGCUCUAGUCUGGAUUGGAGCGUGAAGCUCUGGCGUGUUCGCCCGCCGGCCACAACGGCUCCCGCAACAUCGGCAAUCACUACCAUGCAGGUUGUAGAGCCGAUCCUGGAUAUCAACCGUGAGGACGUCGUGUACGACGCACGAUGGUCGCCUCACCGCCCCGGAGUGUUCUCUCUCGUCGACGGUGCUGGAAACCUCGAAGUUUGGGAUCUAUACACGGACACGGAAGUCCCUGCGGUGAAGACGACGCCGUCUAGGGGCCGCGGAGGAAUCCUGACGAGAAGUCUCAACAAGGUGGCCUGGGAGGAGCGCGAAGGCCGGCGCAUUGCAACCGGUGGACUCGACGGCGUCGUGACGGUCUUCGAAGUCGGAAAGGGUCUCAGCGGCACCCCGGAGGAUGUGCCCGCCGACGAAUGGGCAGGAAUGAAGAAACUUGUUGGGAAGCUGGAACAGAAGGACCGAUCGAACUAAUCCAGACGUAGUGUUGGAUGACCAUCUCGUGACGUGCAGGGCGUGCCGGGCGAACAGGUGGGUUCUUCCGACCCCCAUACCAUCAAACAAUCUACCGCUUCGUCUGUCCGGGCUCUGUCGUCUUCUUCCUCUUCCCAAUAUGUAACAAAUUUUGAGUGGUGCCUCUGUUUAGCUUACCAUAUACCCCGGGGCACCUCAUUGCUGUAUCUAUGUAUGUUCUAGGCUAGGAGAACGAAGAAACAGGUUUUCAAGUUGUC